AGCCGCGCAGAGAGCACGCCCGAGCGGUGCGGUGCGGAGCGGACCGGGCCCCUCCGCCACUCCCGGGGAGCCGUGCCGUUCUAGAUGUGCAUGCAGUGUUGAGGGUAUGGUAGGAAACAAGGAAUAGAAGCAAUGACAGAUGUGACCACAGACAACCUAGUUGAUCCUCCGGAGCCCUAGUUUCCUGCCUUGGAGAGAAAAUUCAGGAGACGAUGACCUGAAAGAGAGGCAUAGCUGCUCCGUGCCGCUUACUGCUGAGCCGUCCGGCCCGCUGGUACCCUGGCUCGGGCAUUGCUAUGGGAGACUGGAUGACUCUUACAGAUCCAAGUCGGGCUGCAGAAAGCAAAAAUCUCUCUCAAUAUACCUCAGAAACAAAGAUGUCUCCAUCAAGUUUAUACUCACAGCAAGUGCUAUGUUCUUCAAUCCCUUUAUCAAAAAAUGUGCACAGUUUUUUCAGUGCCUUCUGCACAGAAGAGAACAUUGAACAAAGUAUUUCAUACCUUGAUCAGGAACUGACUACUUUGGGUUUUCCUUCGUUAUAUGAAGAAUCCAAAAGUGAGGAGACAAAGAAAGGAUUAAAUAUAGUCACUGUUUUAAAUUGUAUGAACGAGCUCCUUGUGCUUCAGCGGAAGAAUCUUCUAGCUCAGGAAAACGUGGAGACACAGAAUCUGAAACUGGGCAGCGACGUGGACCAUCUGCAGAGCUGCUAUGCAAAGCUUAAGGAACAACUGGAAACCUCGCGAAGGGAGAUGACUGGGCUUCAGGAGAGAGACAGGCAGUUGCAAUGCAAGAACAGGAAUUUGCAUCAGCUUCUGAAGAACGAGAAAGACGAGGUACAAAAAUUACAGAAUAUCAUUGCAAGUCGAGCAACGCAGUAUAAUCAUGACCUGAAGAGAAAAGAGCGUGAAUAUAACAAGCUUAAGGAGCGUCUGCACCAACUUGUUAUGAACAAGAAGGAUAAAAACAUAGCCAUGGAUGUUUUAAAUUACGUGGGGAGAGCGGAUGGAAAAAGGGGCUCCUGGAGGACCGGCAAAACGGAAGCCAGGAAUGAAGAUGAAAUGUACAAAAUUCUCUUGAAUGAUUAUGAAUAUCGCCAGAAACAAAUUCUUAUGGAAAAUGCUGAACUGAAGAAAGUUCUUCAGCAAAUGAAAAAGGAAAUGAUUUCCCUUCUUUCUCCCCAAAAGAAGAAGCCUCGAGAAAAGGACGAUGGUACAGGAACUGUCAUCUCCGACCUUGAGGAAGACGCCGGGGAGCCGAGCAGGGAGAGCGUGUGGGACCUUUCCUGUGAGACCGCGAGGGAGCAGCUUACCAACAGCAUCCGGAAGCAGUGGAGGAUUCUGAAAAGCCACGUCGAGAAGCUCGACAACCAAGUUUCCAAGGUGCACUUAGAAGGUUUUCCCGAGGAAGAUGUCAUCUCACGACAGGCCCAUGAACAAGAAACGGAGAAGCUGGAGUUGGAGAUUCAGCAGUGUAAAGAGAUGAUUAGAACCCAGCAGCAGCUUCUGCAGCAGCAGCUCGCCACUGCGUGUGACGACGACACCACGUCCCUGUUACGAGACUGUUAUUUGUUGGAGGAAAAGGAACGCCUGAAGGAAGAGUGGUCCCUUUUUAAAGAACAAAAGAAGAACUUCGAGAGAGAAAGACGAAGCUUUACCGAAGCUGCCAUCCGCCUGGGACUGCAGAGAAAGGCAUUCGAAGAAGAGCGAGCCAGUUGGUUAAAACAACAGUUUUUAAAUAUGACUACCUUUGACCACCAGAACUCAGAAAAUGUGAAACUUUUCAGUGCCUUCUCAGGAAGUUCUGAUCCAGACAAUCUUCUUGCGCAUUCACGGCCACGGCAUAAGAAGCCUCAUGGCGUGCCUAACGGGUCUGCGGUUUGCACAUUUAAAAUGACACAGUCUCUUCCUGCUUCACCACCUGCUUCAGACUUCUGCCAGGCUCGUCCUUGCAUGUCCGAGCACAGCAGUUCAAUCUGUGUACUGAACGUGACUCCCGAAGAAGCCAGACCAAGCCAGGAGUGCCGCGUCGUGGCUAGACCUGGCCCCCAGGAAGACGGCUGCAGCGGGUGCUCCUCGACCUACACGAACUCUCCUGUGGAAAGAGACGACUUACCUUAGAUGUGUGGACUCGAUUUUUUUAUUAAUAUGUGCAUCAAAUUUCCCAUCGACAUUAAUACAGGGAGUGUCAUAAAGUCAAUCAUCUGAUAAUUUAAGAUGGUCUGAGUUGUUUGUUGGAUUUCCCUGUCUUCCCAAAGAGCUGAAAUGCUAAGCUAUUAAAAGGGUACAAAGGCUUUGGAUGUGGGCUUAAAGUGCCGGAGCACCUGGCUCCGAGGAAAGGAAUGUAAGAUGUCUGGAUGGAAACAAAGGCACUAGGGUGGGUUUCCUCUUACCGGCAUUGAAAAUAGCACUUUUAGGAAUCUGAUUAUUGUAAAUGUUAAAUUUUUGUCCCAAAUAGAGUUGGCAUUGGAAGUUUAGCCUUCACUUGAAUGUAUACUGUAGAUUUUUAACAAAGCAAGUUCUAUAUUUAUUAUGUUUAGUGUGAUUUUGGAAUUACCUCUUUCAUAUGUUUCAAAUAAAGUGAAAUUUAUGUAUGUUUUGUACAUAGAUAUACAUGAUUAUGUUAAGAGGCUUUAAGACUUAAACAUUUCACACAAUCAUAAGUAUAGUAUUUCAUGCCAAUAAGAUUUUUUUAGUGGUAUUCUGUUUACAGAUGUGUUGGGGCCACUGCCGCGUUACAUUUAAAGUCAUUCUCUGUUAGUCCAUCUGGGCAGUAGAAAGUGAAUGCUACUCCACGAAGAUGAGCUGAGUAGUCAGCAGUUCAUAACAGUUUUGAGAUUUUUACAGCAUUAUAUUUUUUAUUUUAUGUGUGUGAAUAUUAUAGUUUUUAAGUCGACUAUUGAGUAUGGAGUAACAGGGGCAAGACUACAAGAGUUUUUUGAAUAACAAAUGUAAGAACUUUGGUGUAAGAUACUUGAGUGAAAAGAGAUGAAUAAGAUGUCUGAAUGGUAUUAUUUUCUUUACCAGAUGGAUACCAGCUAAAGGUUUAUAUCAUUGCCAAUUAUUUUUUAAUAAAAAUUCAAUUUAGAUAUGCUAAUAAAGAGAUAUGACAGUGUAAGAAAACUGAUUUUUAUAACCCAGAUAUGGUACUCUGGGCAAUCGUGGUGUUUCAUUUUCAGAACAAUCCUAAGCCUUUUUGUCUUUAGUCUUCCUGCUUGUCUGUUUCUUCUUGAGAGGUGUGUCCCUGUUGGUGGUGAUAGGAAGGAAUCUAGGCCCAGGCUCUUCUGGAUGUCAUCCAAAAGCUUUUAAGUGCCUAACCCUGCUCGUCUCCGCGCACAGCCGCCUACACAAGCCCUGGCUCAGUGUGCACUUGGGUCCCAUCAGCGUCUCUCUCCUGGCAGGUCAACCAGUUAAUUACAAAGACCUCUGCUUGUGGGUGUUCAUUUUAAAUUCAACGUGCCACAAAAAAACCCAACUAUUUUUGUUGUCCAUACGUAGCAUGUGACUGUGGAAUUGGGGAGCAACAGUCCUUUCAGGAGUGCUAGGACAACCUGAAGGCUCCUGAUAUCACUGUUCUGCAACCCCAGGAGCUAGCUCAGGGCUGUCAGUCACGGCCUUCAGCCGGGGCAUGGUGACACCUUCCCUCUGCCAUAUAUUCCAGAGGAAGAGGCCGAGCUGAGAGGUAGGGCGUUGAUUGUGCUGUUUUAACGGUAGUGUCCUUGAGAAAGGGAGUUGGAGAAAUUUAACAUUAUUGAUCAAGGGUUUUCCUCCUGAGCUUUGCUGUGAUGAACUUUGCCAGAAGUAAAUGUUAACCGUUUUCAUGUCAGGCACACCAGAUUCGAUGAAGAUGAUUUCUGGAAAAGCAGCAUGUUUGUGUGUUUUUAUUUCAGAGUGGGUUGAAUUGUCAUUGCUGGGCAGGAAAAUUGCUUGAGACCCUUAAGGAGUGGCAAAAGCAAUAAAAAACAAACAAACAAACAAACAAACAAAAAAAGAUUCCUUGUGCUUUGGGCCCUUGCAUAGAUCUGCCGGGACUUGUAUGUUGCACCUGGCUUAUUUGCAUAGAACUUCUGCUCGUUACAUGUUUUACCUAGCUCUCUCGCUUUUCUGCUGGUUCUCAUUCCAGAAUGGUCCCCAGCCACCUAAACAUCUCAAAGUUGGAUGACUUGAGUUGAGAAACUCAAGUCCACACACACAACUCCCAAGAUUCUAGCACUUGGCCUUGACUAAGGCACGGGUCACAGUGUCUGUCCGUGAGUUGUGAAGCCCUCCUGAUCUCCCAUGCUUCCUUGCUCAGAAACUUGAACUGUUACACCUCACUGGUUACUUUCGAAUUCCCAGAGCAGUAACACGGCAAUGGUAUUCUGAGAUAAUUUUCUCCUCUUCAGUAAUUGUAAUUUGUAAUGAGGAAAACUUUAAUAGAUUUACCGACGCCAGGAAAACAUGACUAAAAUUUAAUGAAUGGGUAUUUUCUUCCAGAAGUUUAUUACAUGAUUAAGCUUGGCAGACAGUCCACAGCAAAUGGAUUGCCUCUGAGGGCUCCUGAAAUGCCGUUGCUAUUUGGAAAGAAUUCUGAGCAUUCUGUGCUAGCUCGUGACGACGCUGUCUCGAUGGGAAAACACAUUUUACGGUGCACAUGAGAACGAGUGUGAUCUGAAAUCACUUUGCUCUUCCCAUGGGACCACUUGAAAACCAUGGCUCUCCAGAGAGGCUUUAGGAGAACAUGGACCUAGAGCUCUGAGCGGGGGCCGCUUCUGUGGGAGCCCUGCUGUAAAUACUCUCCCAAGUGAUAUGCUGAUGUUAACUGUGUCUGCUAGAUUGGCUUAGAGUAUGGAUUGUGAACUCUAGUAAAUCUACUUUUCCCCGUG